UAUCAUGUACGAAAUGUAAUGAUGUAAGCAUAGGAAUGAUAUAUGGUAGCAAGUUAGCAACAGACAGACACAACCAAACCAAACCAAUCUAGAAGUCAUUCAGUCUCCACUGCUACAGAUCGAGUACAGACUGAACUAACCAUGGCCGACGCUAUCAUCUCCGGUGUUGUGAAUCAGCUGUUCAUCAUCAUCAAGGACCAAGCCCAGGAGCUAAGAGCAACGUUGGGUGUGGAGAAGGAGAUCAAAAACCUCUCAUCAAAGCUCAACAAAAUCAGGGCGGUGUUGGUCGAUGCAGAGAGGAGAAGCUUCAAGGAAGAGAGCGUCAAGCUGUGGGUGGAAGAGAUGAAAGACUUGUGCUACGAUGUGGAAGAUGUUCUGGACGAGUGGAGCACCAAAAGUCGCAGACAACAGAUGGAGAGGUCGUCCCAGGUUGCAGCUGCAGGAAGCUGUAGCUCUUUCCUGCCUUCUUGUUUCCAUUUCAAAAGGAUUGUUACGUAUCGAGACAUCGCCAAGAAAAUAAAGGAACUUGAUUCCAGACUUGAUCGGAUUACUAAAGAGAAAAAUCAGUUCAAAUUUGAUCAAGCAUCUGUAGCGCACACACACACUUGUGAUCAUGAAUGGAAGCCAGUGCCCUCUACUGCGUAUGUGGAUGCAUCAGAGAUUCAAGGUCGGGAAUCCGAUGCCAGUGCUUUAAUAAGCAAGUUGCUUCAAGGUCCCCCUGGCCCUCUCGUCAUUUCCAUAGUGGGUGCCGGAGGGAUAGGGAAAACUACCCUUGCUCAACUAGUCUAUAACCAUGAACAGAUAAAGGCUCAUUUUCCUGAAAGGGUGUGGGUUUGUGUUUCACAAUCUUUUGACGAGAUCAAGAUUGCAAAAGCAAUUGUUGAGUCAACCACUAAAAGCUCCACGGAUCUGUCUCAAUUGCAAAUGUUACUGAACAAAAUCCAAACCACUUUGUCUCAUCAAAGGUUCCUACUUGUGUUGGAUGAUGUGUGGACAGAGGAUUAUGCAAAGUGGGAGCCAUUUAACAACUGUCUCAAAGAUCUUGGUAACAACUGUUCUGGGAGUAGAAUCUUGGUGACCUCAAGGAAAAAGAAUGUUGCAAGAAUGAUGGGAAGUGUGUAUGAGCAUCCGGUGGAGCUAAUAUCCCACACAGAUGCUUGGUCGUUUCUUAGCAGGAUAGCAUUUUCCGGGAGAAGCAGCAGGGAAGAGGAGGCUUAUUCUGAGAAACUGAAAGAAAUUGGUAAGCAAAUUGCUCAAAAGUGCCAAGGACUGCCACUUGCUGUCAAGGUCAUGGGAAGCGUUUUACGUAGUAAAGACACUGAAGAGGAAUGGCAAACAGUUUUAUCUCAGCUGGAUACUAAAUUUUCCAAUGUGGAGGGAGUGGAAACACAUCUCUUUCCUCAUUUGUAUCUAAGCUAUCAUGAUCUAACUCCACAGAUGAAGCGAUGUUUCUCAUAUUGUGCUGUCUUUCCCAAAGAUUAUAAAAUAAACGUAGACAGCCUCAUCAGAAUUUGGAUGGCACAAGGUUAUCUCACAACAACAAAUGGAAGUGAUCAUAAUGAGAUGGAACAGAAAGGCCGGGAGGUUUUUGGAAAUUUAGCAAUGCGUUCUUUGUUCCAAGAUUUUGAGAAAAAUUACAUGGAUUCCAACAUCAUUAUAUCUUGCAAAAUGCAUGACAUAGUGCAUGAUUUUGCCAAGUUUCUUACCAAAAAUGAAUGCUAUAGUGUUGUUUGGCAAGAGGAUAAGGUGAAGAUUGAAAAUCUACAUCAUCUAUCAUUGCAAAAAACUGGAAGGCUUAUGGAUCUUACUUCCAUUUGUCAUGUCCUUGAAAAACUUCGCAGCUUUUUCGCUGGGGACCUUUCUCCAGAACAACUUACUCCAAAUAUGUUCAAUGGUUUAAAAUCCGUGAGAGUAUUGGGAUUGCAUGGUUGUAAGCGGUUUAAACUUCCGAAGGAGAUAGGAAAUUUACGAGUUACCUGA